GGGCGGGGCGAUGGCGCGCGGGAGGGGCGGGGCCACGCUGCGGGCCCGGGCCAUGGCCGCCGCCGACGCCGAGCAGGCAGUUCCGGCCAAGGGCGACAGCAAGCAGGACUGCUGCCUGAGAGCGGGGCUGCUGGGGGAGGAAGGGGUCUCCAUGGCUGCUGAUGAGGGCUCCACGGAGAAGCAGGGUGCAGAGGCCCCUACUGCCUCUGAUGGGGAGGCGAAUGGGUGCUGCGAACAGAGCGAUGCCAGUGGCCACCCCAGCGCAGCAAGGCACACUCAGGAAGGCAUGAAGGCUGGUCCGCAGGAAGGCGCCAAGAAGCCAGCCCGCAUCGCGGAAAACGGCGUUUCUGAACGAGACCCCGAAGCUGGCAGGCUGCACCCUGUGCGUGCCGAGGACCUCACACAGACUUCUGCUCUGGGCAGCAAUGGGCUCUCCCUGAGCAAGCCGGCUCUGCAGGAGCCUCCCCCCCGGGUUAUUGGCACCCUGGCCUCUUCCCUUCCUGGCCAUGCUGCCAAGACUCUGCCUGGGGGCCCCGCCAAGGGGAGGACUUCCAGUGCGCGGGCUCAGACGCCGGCCACAGCACCAGCCAAGCUCGGGGAAGACGAUAGGAAGCCCCCCGCCCCUGGAGCUGAUGUCAAGGUUCACAGGGCACGGAAGACCAUGCCAAGACCCGUCCUGGGCCUGCAUGCAGCCAACAAGGACCCUCGGGAGGUGCACGAACUUGAGGAGCCCAGAGAGGAGGUCAGCACUGCACUUGCUGAUUUCGGAAGGCAGCCACUCUUACCCCCCUUCCCACCCCUCCACCAGUCGCUACCUCAGAACCAGUGCUACAUGGCCACCACAAAGUCACAGACAGCUUGCUUGCCUUUUGUUUUAGCAGCUGCAGUAUCACGGAAGAAAAAACGAAGAAUGGGAACCUAUAGCCUGGUUCCUAAGAAAAAGACCAAAGUAUUAAAGCAGAGGACGGUGAUAGAGAUGUUUCAGAGUCUAACUCAUUCCACUGUGGGCGCCAAGGGGGAAAAGGAUGGCAGCCUCCAUAUGAAUGGGGAGAGCUUGGAGAUAGACUCAGAAGAGGACGACUCAGAGGAGCUGGACGAAGAUGAGGACCAAGGAGCGGAGCAGAUGGCUGCCUUCCCCACAGAGGACAGCAGGACUUCCAAGGAGAGUAUGUCUGAGACUGACCAUGCCCAGAAGAUGGACGGCGAGUCUGAAGAGGAGCAGGAGUCGGCCGGCACCGGGGAGGAGGAGGAGGAGGAGGAGGAGGAGGAGGAGGAGGAUGGAGACGAGUCCGAUUUGAGUUCGGAAUCCAGUAUCAAGAAGAAGCUCCUCAAGAGGAGAGGGAAACCAGAUAGCCCCUGGAUCAAGCCUACCAGGAAAAGGAGGCGGAGAAGUAAGAAGAAGCCAAGUGGUGUAUCAGGUUCUGAUGUGCCCACCUCAUCUUCAGGCAGUGUAGAGCAGGAGGCGCCGGGAGGCAACACGGGCUACAUGGAGGUGUCUCUUGACUCCCUGGACCUGCAUGUCAAAGGGACGCUGCCCUCACAGACAGAAGGGCUGGCCAAUGGACCGGACUCGGUGGAGACUGAUGGCCUCCAGGAAGUACCUCUUUGCAGCUGCCGCAUGGAGACCCCGAAAAGCCGAGAGAUCACCACCCUGGCUAAUAAUCAGUGCAUGGCUACGGAGAGCGUGGACCAUGAGCUGGGUCGGUGCACCAACAGCGUGGUCAAGCACGAGCUAAUGCGGCCAUCCAGCAAGGCGCCGCUCCUGGUGCUGUGUGAGGACCACCGGGGCCGCAUGGUCAAGCACCAGUGCUGUCCUGGUUGCGGCUACUUCUGCACGGCGGGCAGCUUCAUGGAGUGUCAGCCCGAGAGCAGCAUCUCUCACCGUUUCCACAGAGACUGCGCCUCUCGUGUCAAUGAUGCCAGCUACUGUCCCCACUGUGGGGAGGAGACCUCCAAGGCCAAAGAGGUGACAAUCGCCAAAGCAGACACCACCUCCACCGUGACUCUGGCCCCUGGGCAGGAGAAGAGGUCCCUGGGGGAAGGCAGGGCCGACACCACCACUGGCAGCACUCCCGGGCCCCUGCUCGGUGAGGACGACAAGCCGCAGAGCACAGCUGCCCAUGGGCCUGAAGGCCCCGACCCCACCGUCGCUGCAGGGUUUGCCAAGCCGGCCCCUGGGAAGGAGACGCUGGAGAGCGCACUCAUCGCGCUGGACUCUGAGAAACCCAAGAAACUCCGCUUCCACCCGAAGCAGCUGUACUUCUCCGCCAGGCAGGGGGAGCUGCAGAAGGUGCUGCUCAUGCUUGUGGACGGCAUUGAUCCCAACUUCAAAAUGGAGCAUCAGAACAAGCGCUCCCCACUGCACGCCGCAGCAGAGGCCGGCCACGUGGACAUCUGCCACAUGCUCAUCCAGGCAGGCGCAAAUAUUGACACCUGCUCUGAAGACCAGAGGACCCCGUUGAUGGAGGCUGCAGAGAACAACCACUUGGAGGCAGUGAAGUACCUCAUCAAGGCCGGGGCCCUCGUGGACCCUAAGGACGCAGAGGGCUCGACCUGUUUGCACUUGGCGGCCAAGAAAGGCCACUACGAUGUGGUUCAGUACCUGCUUUCCAACGGACAGAUGGACGUCAACUGUCAGGAUGACGGUGGCUGGACGCCCAUGAUCUGGGCUACUGAGUACAAGCAUGUGGACCUCGUGAAGCUGCUGCUGGCCAAGGGCUCUGACAUUAACAUCCGGGACAAUGAGGAGAACAUCUGUCUGCAUUGGGCAGCUUUCUCGGGCUGUGUGGACAUAGCGGAGACACUGCUGGCCGCCAGGUGUGAUCUCCAUGCUGUCAAUAUCCACGGAGACUCGCCCCUGCACAUCGCUGCCAGGGAGGACCGCUACGCCUGUGUUGUCCUCUUUCUUUCUCGGGAUUCAGAUGUCACCUUGAAGAACAAGGAAGGAGAGACGCCCCUGCAGUGCGCCAGUCUCCACUCUCCCGUGUGGGAUGCACUGCAGAUGAGCCAGGCACUCCGGGAUGCUGCCCCGGACAGACCUGGCCCCACAGAAAAGACAGUGAGCAGGGACAUUGCUCGGGGUUACGAGCGCAUCCCAAUCCCCUGUGUGAACGCUGUGGAUAGUGAGCCGUGCCCUAGCAACUAUAAGUAUGUGUCCCAGAACUGUGUGACGUCCCCCAUGAGCAUCGACCGGAACAUCACGCACCUGCAGUACUGCGUGUGCGUGGACGACUGUUCUUCUAGCAACUGCAUGUGCGGCCAGCUCAGCAUGCGCUGUUGGUACGACAAGGACGGCCGGCUGCUGCCUGAGUUCAACAUGGCAGAGCCUCCGCUGCUGUUUGAGUGUAAUCACGCCUGCUCCUGCUGGCGCACAUGUCGGAACCGUGUGGUGCAGAACGGGCUCAGGGCCAGGCUACAGCUCUACCGGACGCAGAACAUGGGCUGGGGGGUACGGCCCCUGCAGGAUAUCCCACUGGGUACCUUCGUCUGCGAGUAUGUCGGGGAGCUCAUCUCUGACUCAGAGGCUGAUGUCCGGGAGGAAGACUCUUACCUCUUCGACCUUGACAACAAGGGUGGAGAGGCCUACUGCAUAGAUGCCCGUUUCUAUGGCAAUGUCAGCCGCUUCAUCAACCACCACUGCGAGCCCAACCUGGUGCCGGUGCGCGUCUUCAUGUCCCAUCAGGACCUGCGCUUUCCCCGCAUCGCCUUCUUCAGCACCCGCCUCAUCGAAGCCGGGGAGCAGCUGGGGUUUGACUACGGGGAGCGCUUCUGGGACAUCAAAGGCAAGUUGUUCAGCUGCCGCUGUGGCUCCCCCAAGUGCCGGCACUCGAGCGCAGCCCUGGCACAGCGGCAGGCCAGCGCGGCACAGCAGGCCCAGGAGAACGGCCUGCCCGACACCAGCUCCUCCACCGCCGACCCCCUAUGAGGCCCAGUGGCCACGGGUGCCGGGGAGCCAGUGCCCUUGCUCACUGCAGUUCAGAGAGGAAAGGGGCGAGUCCAUGGCGUCUGGAGCCAGUCCGGGCGUGCGGGCACACUGAGGCAGCCAGCUGGGAGCAGGCCCUUUGGAACACUUUGGAUUCUGCCCUGACGUCACUUGUGAGUUUCUGACGGUGGUUUUGUUAUUUCCGAGUUUCUUGUUUCUCUGCGCUCCGUGAUCCCCCUUCCACCACCGGGCUAGUUGUCCCAGACUCCUGCGGCCCCGUGGAAGCCACCGCCCUGCCAGCUGCUCCCUUCUAGCCGCCGCCUGCAGCCUGCCUGGUGGGGCCAGUCUCCUCCGCAGCUCGCCAGGGAGGAGCUGGGCUUUGCUCCUCAUAAAGGGAUCUUGUAUCUAGUCCUGUGUAUCAGACCUUCCUCCUUUCUUUGUGAGGAAGCAGUUGGGUGGGACAGGAGGCCCCCCAGCAGUCCUGCCGUCGGUGGAAUCCUAAUUCCUAGCCACAUGCUCCGAGAAGGGAUGGACCGAUUGAUUUUCUACCGUGACUGACCCUUAGGACAAACAAUAAACAACACAGACAACGGUGCUGAUUCUGGUGUGUUUCUGCUCACCAUGUGAAAAACAAACUAUCAACGGUGUAAAGAGAACAAAAUGAUUUUAGAAUAAACACAGGAAAAAACUUUUUUAAAAUGUUAGUCCCCUAGUGGGAAGAAACUUGCCACCACCUUUUGUGUGGUGGUCUGCCAGGUCAUAGACUUUUUUACACUGUAAUUAGUGCAGUAACAGUGGAUUCUUCUGUGCGACUCUUCUAGAACAUUCAUGAUGCAGUCAUGUUUAUUUUUUCUGUUAAAAUGUUUUUGACAGUUUUGAGAGCAGUCUUUUGGCUCAGACCAUUUCUUGUUCUGUUUUCAAUGAAAUCAAUAAAAAAAAACAAUUUAAAUGA